AUGAGCGGUGGAUAUCUUGAUAUCGAUGACAUUUUGGCCGGUGAUGAGCGCAUCAAGUGCACGUUUGAUACGGAUGUGCUGGAUUGUGGACAUUUAGAUCCUAGUUGUUGUAAUCCUGAUUUAUUAAAAGGGGCCGUCGUGGAGCUACCGUUAUGGCUUGCGACAACGUUGGCUGGACGCGGUGACGUGACGGUCGAGCCACCGCAUUUCCUGACCACACGUUUCCGACUUGGAAGUCAUCUAAUACCUUACGUUAAGGAAGAAGAACAGGGAGAGAUUACUGAAAUCUUGCGGCUUUGUUUUGGCGGUGAGCGUUAUCGCGAUAUCCUCAACAAUGCUAUGAGCUCUCUGGACGAAGACACGACUGAAUUUACAAGAAAACUUACACAAGACGAAAAGAAACUAUUUGAAGCUGGUGUUCGAGAUGCAAAAGGAUAUAUUCGAUGGAAAGGGCGAAAUACAGAGACUAUUCAAGCCGCUGGAGUUGUCGUUCGUUCACUCAAGAAGCGAAAGUUUUUAACAUUUGUAUUAGACACAAGUGCGUCUAUGAAUCAGAGCACAAGUUCAGGUAUGACACUAUUGGAUUAUGCAAAAUCAGCGGUUGAACGGUUUGUAAAGCGUGUUCGUGAUCCAAAUCGUCGUUAUCAACAUCAUUUUAUGUUACUCUCCUGUGGUCGCGAAACUCGCAUUCUUAAAGGCAAAACUCCUCAUGUUGAACCAAAAGGUAGUAAUUUAUUCCAUCAUCAUGGUCGUGUACGUGUUGGAUGGGAUCAAUCAACUAAUAAAGAGUUUUUCCUACAAGAAUUAAAGAAUUUAAAAGCAACAGACUUAAGUGACGUUGGUGCGGCAUUGAAACAGGCUUUUGAAUUAAUGAAUCAAAUUCGUCUUCAGUUUAAUUGGGAUAGUUACGGAUUAGGUCGUGCACCAUGGAAUACAAAUGUUUCAGUUUGUGUCUUGCUUACAGAUGCUACAACAUUAUCCAGUGCUGAUGGAUUGAUUCAAGAUUCACUCAUUAUUACACCAUCUCAUGCCGUCGGGGCAGAGCUCACGUAUGAACCAUAUCGAUGGGAUCAAAGACUUUAUACCAUUGCUUUAAAACUAUCUGCUACUAUGAAUGGUGUAAAAGGACAACCGACUGUGCCUGUAGACUUGAUGGCUUUAAGUGAAACUACAGGAGGAAUGCUUUACUUGCCUACAUCGAAAUCUGCAGUUGAACAGAGUGUUGACCAGAUCAUACUAAAACUUAAAGCAGGGGCUGUAGUCAAGUUCAAGUGUGAAGCUAUUGAUGAGGAAUCAGAACACCCGACAAUGAGAAAUAUCAUUGCACCCAUUCCAAGUGUGAAAGAGUUCUGUUGGCCUGUUGCAGAAGCUUUUUGGCUAGAUCGAAACACAGCUGCUUUGCCAACGAGAGAAGCACAUCCAACGUUAGUGUAUUCCAGAACGGUGGAAAACGCGAUCGAGGCAGCUACGAGUCAUAUGCUGCUAGAUACACUCAAGUUUCCGGCGGAUAGCUACAUGUUGGAAACUUCGAUUAGCCCGACACCAAGUCGUGGACAACGAUGGCUAGUUUAUGUUCAAGGCAGCAAAGGGGACGGACGAGUAGGGGAUCCUAUUGGUAUGCUUCGUGCACCUAGCUCGACUCCCGGCACCCACUCGUCGAAUGCAGUGCUUGUGCUGCUGCCUUACAACUUUCCCAAACUCUUUUCGCUUCUUGUGGAAGUCGCGCGAGUAUAUCAAGCGAGUGGACAAAACAUCAAUGCGGCGUCGAGCACGUGGAUGUUUCAGGCCAAAGCCAUGCCGUCAUCGUGGCGCGAAUCGUUUACGUCGUAUCUUAGUGGGUGCCCACUCUACUACUACGCUCCUUUAAAAAAGGCACUUCGCAAGUACAACUUGCAUGACAUGGUACCCGAGGUUCAGGACUCAGGGCGAAGCUACCAGAUCUCGAGCUUUCUGAACCGUCUACGAGAGCAAGCAAUUGCAGAGAGCGAUAGCAACAACAAAUUGUUCUCGCGGGUGAGUCGGGGCGACAACACCAGCUCAGCGCCAAGUAUGCGAAGCAGCGGCAUUCCCGAAUCGUCUCCAUCGGCGUCACCUGUCUUAAGCAAAGAUUUGUCCGGGACGAACCAGAUCGAUACAAAAUCAUUCGAUGCUAUUGCAACCAUGUCACUCCUAGAUUUGCGUGCUGCUCACCAAAAAAGCAAAGCGCUUUUUUUUAAAAAGCCGUCGAAGCCCCAUUUCCAGGUAGCUCUUCCACGCGCAUCAAAAGACGAGGUAGCACCAUUGAAGCUGGCACCAAGUUGGCGUGCCGCGGAGGAGGACGAAAAGCAUCGUCAGCCUAUUGAUGUUAUGAGCGACUAUGAGUCGCGCUUGAUUAAGAAGGAGGCACUUCGUAAUCCUCUUGCUGAGGCUGAACCGGACGAAGAUACCCCAACUGGGCUGCGACGGCGUCAAUUAUCUUUCAAUCUUGGCAAUCCAUACAAGAAGAGCUCAUCCAAGGUGAGCAACGUCUACCAGAAUGAAGCUGCAGACGAAGCAGCCGCAUUGGAAGGCCAGUCCCCGAAGCGCCAGCGUACGCGAAAGCGGUCGUUCCAACUGAAGCGAGACAAAAAGCACUCAAAACGCUCUCACAGAAUGCAUGGCUCGCCAUCCUUUAAGUCAUCGCCAGGGUCACCAUCCCACUCACCGAGCUCUCCUGUUUCGAGCAGUUCAUCGACAGUUUCGUCGCCAGGCCGAAGCGACAGUGGUGACUUGGUCAUGACUGACAGCUCGGUGGGAUCAAAUUACUCUGUGAAGGCUGAGGCUGCUCAGAUGUUGGGUAUUCCUCUUCACGACGGUAAUUUUGUGGAGGAUGAAAAGCACAGUAGCUUUGUUCGGCUGGUUUAUGGUGUCUUGGCAGAAAACUGGGAGACAUGGAGUACUAUUAUCCGUCUUACCAAGGCGCGCUCGACUACACAACAGGAAAAGGAUUUUGUGUUAAGUGGCCUGCGUUCGAUGAAGGGCGGCCCAAUAGCAUUGAAGACGUAUAUUGAGCAAGCAAUUCAGUAUUCUGUGCAAUUCCGACAGCAGUCGCUGGAGCAGCAGCUGAGGCAGUUGCUGGAUGAAGUGACAGCCCCUCGAUAA